CGUCACGGGGCGGUCCCGCCCGGAGUAAGCCCCGGGAGCGCAGCCCCGGUUAGCGCGGCUCCUGCGUCUUCUCCUGCCUAGCGGGCUGUGUACGCUGGGCGGUAGGAGGGACGUGAGCCGCGGUGCUAGGAUGGGAAACAGUGCCCUCCGUGCUCAUGUGGAAACGGCGCAGAAAACGGGUGUCUUUCAACUUAAGGACCGUGGGCUGACCGAGUUCCCUUCAGAGUUGCAGAAGCUGACUAGCAAUCUCAGGACCAUCGACUUGUCCAACAACAAGAUCGAGAGUCUACCGCCUUUGCUGAUAGGGAAGUUCACUCUGCUGAAGAGCCUCUCCCUGAACAACAACAAACUGACUGUUCUGCCUGAUGAGAUAUGCAAUCUGAAAAAACUAGAAACGCUAAGCCUAAACAACAAUCACCUGAGACAGCUUCCAUCUACUUUUGGGCAACUUUCUGCCCUUAAGACCCUAAGCCUCUCUGGUAACCAACUGGGAGUACUGCCGCCUCAACUUUGUAGCCUACGGCACCUGGAUGUGGUGGAUCUCACUAAGAACCAGAUUCGAAGUAUACCUGACAUAGUAGAGGAGCUGCAGGUCAUUGAACUCAACCUCAACCAAAACCAGAUAUCUCAGAUCUCAGUGAAGAUAUCUUGCUGUCCUCGCCUCAAAAUUCUUCGCCUGGAAGAGAACUGUCUUGAGCUCAGCAUGCUUCCACAGAGCAUCCUCAGUGAUUCUCAGAUCUGUCUGCUUGCAGUGGAAGGCAAUCUUUUUGAAAUAAAGAAACUUCGAGAACUGGAAGGCUAUGAUAAGUACAUGGAGAGGUUCACAGCCACCAAGAAGAAGUUUGCAUGAUGUUCUCCAGAACUAUGAGAAUCUUAUAGGAUACUGACUUAGAUCCUCUGUUGGAAUCUGGCUAAAUCAAAGGUUCCUGUUGUCAAGGAUAUCUGCAAUAAGAUGACACUCCAGAAGAUUAUAAAGAUCACUCAAUGAUCUUUUUCCUUUGCAGGGCUCUUCUCAGAUAAGCUAAAAGAAAAGAAAUCAGAGUCUUCCACUUUAAGUCUUGGAUAGGGCAUUGGACAAGGUUGAUCUUCAAAACUAUCAUUAGUUCAUCUUAAGAAACCAGUAGCUAGUUGCUAUUUAUACAGUGAGGGGGUGCUGCCUGGUAACAGAAUAGCUCCACACAACAGCUUGAGAUUUGAUUUAGUUUCAAAGCGUGAGCUUUCCUAAAGUCAGUUGCCAUUCCAUCUGUGUUAACACUUCACACUUUUGUGAAAUUCAAAUAAUUAGUGAGAGGCUGCUAUGGUUUAUUGUAAGGAUUUAUGAAUUCCAGUCCAUCAGUUCAAUUGCAGUGUUUAUACUUGGAAUUUAGAAUGUCAAGAAGCACCAAUGCAACACUAAGAGAUGUUCUCCAAGGCUGUAGUAGCAAAUUCUUUGCUAUUGCAGGUGCCUUUCUGGUAGAACGCUCUGAAGAGCUAAAACUAUAUGCAACACUUAUAAGAUAAAAAUAAUUUUAAUAAUCAAGAUUUUCCUGAUGAUUUGUUAGAAAUAAUGUCUUAUUUCUGGUAAUUUUUUCCCCUUUUUGUAUUUAUAACUCCACUAAUAAAAUUACCUGUCAAUAAACCAUUGCUACAAUAUUUUAAAACAGCUGGGCGAGGUGGCUCACGCCUAUAAUCCCAGCACUUUGGAGGUGGAGGCGAGUG